CGAACUCUCCCGCGGGCGCAAUGGCCUCGGAGGAGAUGAACCAAGAAACCCGGCCCCUUGCAGAUUCACAGUUGUCAAAGGACAACCUGCAGGCCGGAUUGAGGGCAUCUUGUGACGAACUUCGGAGGCAAACGAUUGCACGUCAGAAGCUGGAGGCGAAACUGACGGCUUUGGAAAGUCAACGAAACACGGAUUCCACAGAGGUGGAAAAGGAUGGAGUGAGAGUUUUGCUGCAAGACCUGUCAGCUCAGACAUCUGCCAAUGCAAAGAUGGAGGCGCUGGAUGACCUGAACGUCUUGCCGUGUGCAAAUGAAGCGCUGGAGGAGCACAAAGGUGGCGCUGCAGCUAACCCAAAAGCCCGGUAUGACUUGACAGAUCCACAGGCGUUGGCGCGAUUUCUUCAAGACUCUGACGUUCGUUUGGUCCGUGCGAAGUACAUUGAGUUGGCUCGUUCCAAGCGGCCACUCCCCAGACGCCAAGAAGCCCAGUCGCAGUUCACUUGUGAUGGCAAGACUCAAAGAGCACCGGUGAGUCAUGAUGAGAUACGAAGCUGGGCCGCGGGAACUGAGAAUGCCAUCAUAUGCUCGAUUUAUCUCGAUUUCGCAUGCAUGGGAGACAAGGGAGCAUCCCGAUCCAUGCCGAUAUCAGCUGCAGCAGAUUGUGGAGUGGGCAGUGUUGUAUGAAGCUGCAUUUCGAGCAGAUGUCUGGAUAUUCUACGACUACGUGUCCUUAUUCCAAUAUGAAAGAGAUCCGAAGUCUGAGCAAAGAAGCUUCGACGAGGCCAUGGCCAAUAUGCACAUUCUCUAUGCACAUGAGUUCAGCCUGACGUUUCGAAUUGAAACACUCACUCCAGACGAGGUCUGGGAAGCAAUGAAGGAAAAUGAGCAAGAAUUGGUGACCGUUUGGGAUGACGAGAGUAAGAGCCUCAAAGCAAAGCCUCUGAAUAAACUGAUGCACAACCGAGUCUUUUAUUUGGAAAGAGGUUGGUGCAAAGCCGAAGUCGAAUGGUCCUCGCUGAGGACCGUGAAUGCGCAGCACCAGCGCAUCGACGGCCGUGAUUCAAAGGGAAGCGACGGUGAUGCUUUCAAUGGUCGGGUGCCGAUGACACCGCAGGCAUUCCAAGAAAGCAUGAACCAGGCAGAGUUCACCCACCGGUCUGACAAGGACGCCGUCAUCCACCUCCAAGAGAAGAUUUUUUUUGAAAAGGUCACGUCCUGUGAAACCUUGGUCUUGGAAGGCCUUCCAGCCACCCAGAUUGAGGCCUUAGCCCGAGCAAUGCCUCUGUAUGAAAACUUGAAACAUCUCAAGAUCAACAAGUUCAGCUGCGGCGAAGGAGAAGCUCAGCUCUUUGCCGAGGCACUCGCGAAGACAACGGUGCUGGAGAAGUUUGAAGUCCACAACGGCGAAGAAGAAAGCGGCAAACACCUGGUCAAGGCGUUGGCUGAGGCUUUGAAGGUCAACAGUUCCAUUGCAAACAUCGGCUUGGCAGCCAACAGCAUUGGCGAUGAAGGUGCCAAGGCUGCCAGGGUUCCAGCUCCCGUAAGUGCCCAGGAGGCGUUGGCUGCGGCUUUGAAGGUCAACAGCUCCAUUGUAAACCUCGACUUGAAGCACAACAGAAUUGGCAAGAAAGGGGCCAAGGCGUUGGCCGAGGUUUUAAAGGUCAACAGCUCAAUUACCAACAUCAACUUGGAGCACAACAACAUCAGUGCUGAAGGUGCCAAGGCCGUGGCCGAGGCAUUGAAGGUCAAUGCAUCCAUUGCAAACAUCAACUUGGAGCACAAUUACAUAGGUGACGCAGGUGCAAAGGCCUGGCGUGCGUUUGCCGAGGCUUUGAAGGUCAACACCUCCAUUGUAAACAUGAACUUGGUCCAAAAUGGCAUUGGUGAGGAAGGGGCUAAGGCAUGGCGUUUGUUGGCUUCUGUGGCUGCAUGUGGGACCAUGUCGCACCGUGCCAAUUUUUUCCAUGUCCGAGGGGGGUGGUUGAAUAUUUUGGAGAAACUAAAUGACAUCGUCGACUUCUUUUCUUCGUCGAAAUCUUGUUUCCGCGAACAAUUCGUUUGCCUCAGCAGUGUUUCAUCAUUCAUGAAAACACAUGAAGCCGAUUUGAACAACAUCAGACAUAGCAGGCCCCUCAAGGGAUCUAAAUACCAGCCUUGA